AUGUCGCAAGAGCGCAGGAGCGCACUGGUCACCCAGGGCGUGUUUGCCCGUGUCACAGAAGCCAGUGGCCGACUGUGCACUGAAGGUGAGAGACGGCAGCAGGUGGACCGUCUGUCCCUCUGCCCUCUGGGUUCUGCCAAGGAAGGGCAGCUGCCCUGGUCCUCCAUGGUGCUGUCCAUCCGUCCUUCCUUCAUCCGAGGAGCAAAAGCACUGCCCGCUCUGAAGGCUUCCGCUGCCUGGCUGGAACCUGCCCACAGCCCAGGACUCCCAGGUAACACCCUCAACAUGCUCGUCGCGGUGCUGAGACGCUGCCACUCCCAGACAGGGCGGCCCCAGGACAGAGUGACCACGGGUCCCCCAGCCUCGGGUCCGGGUGGGCGGCGCCCGCCAAUCCGGAACCCAGGGCGCAAGGCUCCCCUAGGACCCGACCCGGAGCCCUGCCGACCCCGGAUCGCAGGUGAGCGCGUCCGGGAGAGAGCCGGUCCCAGGGAUACUGCGAUGACCUCAGAGCCCAGGGACGUCCUUGUGCUGCUACCCACCCAGGAGCAGCUGCGGCUGGUGGUGGGGGUGAAGGCCACAGGCCAAGAGCUCUUCCAGCAGGUAUGCACUGUUCUGAGCAUCCGAGAAGCCCACUUCUUUGGCCUCAGUGUGGUCAGAGACAAUGAGUACGUGUUCAUGGAUUUGGAGCAGAAGCUCAGCAAAUACUUCUCGAAGGACUGGAAGAGAGAAACGUGUAAAGGAAGUGAGAGACCCGGGGCACCCUUUGUGGCCUUCCUCAGAGUGCAGUUCUACGUGGGAAACGGGAGGGUCAUAAGUGACAAGGUGACCCGGCGGCUGUACUACUGCCACCUGAAGGAACGGGUGCUGAGGUCCCAGUGCACCCACAGAGAGGAGGUCUACUUCCUGCUGGCCGCCUGCGCCCUGCAGGCUGAUCUGGGCAGCCACCGGGAGCUGGUCCAUGUGGGGAGGUACUUCGAACCGCAUGCCUACUUCCCGCAAUGGAUCAUCACCAAGAGGGGCAUCGACUACACCCUCAGGCACACUCCCGCCAUGCACCGUGAGCUGCGGGGCCUCAGCCCCAAGGAGGCCGUGCGGCGCUUCAUCAGGGAGGCCUGCCGCCUGGAGGAUGUUCCCGUCCACUUCUUCAGACUGUACAAGGAUAAGAAGGAAGCUCGCCCUACUGUCCUCCUAGGGCUUGCCCUCCAAGGGGUGCUCAUCUAUCAGAGGAGGAAACUGGAGAUCCAGCCAGAUGGGCAGCCUGUGACCCGGAAGCUGGUAUUCUACACCAGCAGCACCUGGAGCUCCCGCCACCUGCUGAGGCUGCUCCGCACCAGCCACCAGCUCCACCUCAGCCUGCAGCCCGCACUGAGGCGACUGCAGCCUGAAGAGGCAGAAGAGAAGAAGUGCUACCGGGAGUCCUACAUCAGCGACCCACUGGAGCUGGACCUAGAGCCGGCCAGCAGGGACUCCCCGGGCAGCCAGGACAGCAGGGACAGUAGCCGGAGUCCUCCCCACCACUUCUCGCUCUACUCUGCCAACAGCCACAACAGCUCCCACACGUCAGGCAUCGAAGCUGACUCUCAGCAUGCAGAAUCCGGGGAGCUGUCUGUGGAUGAGCCCGUGGGGGCCGUGAGAUUCCAUGGGAAGAUGUCCAGCUGCUCUGGUGGCAGCCGCAGCAUCGAGGAUACAAGCAACAGCAGCAAAGGAUGCCUGAAGACCUAUGCCCUCUGCCUCUGCUCACCCCUCCUUCUCGUCACAGCUUCUCGCCGGGAGCCCAUCUUGGGGGCGCAGACCACCUUGGGCAGGAUGAGAGGCUGGAGCACUGAGGCCCUGCACCAGAUUCAAGGGACAGAAAUCAGAGGCAGGGGGGACCAGCACGGCCACAGCCUGGAUGACAUGUGUCUGCAGCAGCAGGUGCCACACCCCACACCAGCCUCACACAGCUACAUCUCCCACUGUGUCCUGGAGGGGCUGGUGACACACCAAGAGGCCAGGGCCAACCUCCAUGGCGAGAGGUCUAUGAACUGCCUCUCCCUGGACCUGCUCAGGAAGGAAACACUACCUCAAGAGUUUGUGGUGUAGGUGGUGCCCACACGGUGGCAGCCCUGUCUGCAUCUGCCAGCCUGUACCG